AUGCCUCGACUCAAUCUUUCUUGGUGGCUAACACUAUCAAAUCCCUCAAAGCACCUGACUUCAAACGGAAUGCUGACCUCAUUGCUUUCAGCAUCAAUGCUCCUCCUAGCUCCUUUCCUGCAACCUCUUCCUCAUCUCAUACCUUCUCUGCUGAAGGCUCCAGCCCCACCAAACCAGACCUCAGGCCUAGCGUUGAGUUCAGAGAGGGUCGCAGGCGCAGGAGAGGUGAUGGAACCUCUGUCACUAACCAUGCCUCUUCCAACUCCGCAUCCAACCAGAACGGUGUGUCUUCCUCCAACUAAUGACUCAUCUUACAAAAAAUUCUCCACCUCAUAUGAAAAACUUCACUUCCCUCCCAUCUUUAGCACUUCAUUCGGCCCAACUACUCUCCUCUACUCUACCCCUGCCCCUGCCCUAUCUAAUCCCAUGAGCUACGGGGAAGGCAUCAGCAGUGGCUGCACAACUGGCUUUAGCAUUUACCAUCCGACUAUCGAACUUCCCCUGGACGAACUUUUAGGCGAGGAGUACGAUGUCUACAUGCGAUCCAUCGGGCAGUACGGCGUGAUGCCUUAUCAUGACUCAUGA